UUAUUGGCGCACAAGGAUGACGUUUCACUUUUAGCCAAAGCUGAUUAAGAUUACAUUUCGUAAAUUCAAAUUUCACUGAUGGUUUCAGUAUUUUUAUGACUAGACAAAAGCCAUACAAUGAGCAAAAAGAGCAAUAUUUCAUGGAUAAAGCCAGCAGAACCUUCCUUUCUACGUAAAUUUAAGAAUGAUGUUGGAUUCAUAGAAGGGCCGACAGUCGAUACCAAGAGAGAAGAAUUGCCAAAGUUCGACGGCGAUAGCGACGACAGUGACCGUGAGGAUGAGAAGCCGCAAGUGGUUGUUCUGAAGAAGGGCCACUUAACUGCCGAGGAGGUCCAAAAGAUAAAAGAUGAAAAUAAAGAUUCGAAAUCAGAAGAGAAGCCACCUGCAGAUGGCAAAAUAAUUUUCAAGAAGCCUGAAAAGCGCUCAUCAGAGAAGUUCCAGGGCAUCACGGCCAGCUCCAGCAAGAAAAGGAAGCAGCAGGAGGAGAAGGAGAGUCACAAGGAGAAAGAGGAGAAUGAAGGGAAGAAGGUGAAAAACAGCAGUCUUCUGUCCUUUGGUGAUGAUGAGGAAGAUGAGGACUAACCUCAGAGGGGUACCAGGGAAGGGAGGUAUUGGUGACAGGUCACUGCACUGAUGCUGUUGAGCACUUCACUGGGAGGGAAGGCUGGGGUUUUGGGAGUUGGGGUGCACGUUAUUGAAGGGGGAAAAAACGGCUCAAUGUUGAAAGUGAUGUGGAAGGUUUCCACAUUUUACUCGUAAAGAGGCUAAAUGAAUUGGUCUGUUUUCUGCCUAAACUGUUCAUUAGAAAAAGUGACUUUUAAAAACUGAGGCAAGGAAUCCAGGAAUCCCUCUCAGUGAAGUCUUUAAACCUGUACACCUCUCUGCCCUUUGCGGUCAGCUUUGGCCCGCUUCUCUGCCUGGUGAUGAGCCAGGCCAUAGAGGAUCACCACGGUAAAUGCAAUAGCACAAAGACAAAAAACCUUUUCUUUAAAUUGAUUGGUAUCAUUAGCCCAGAAAGGCCAAUGGGUUUGGAAAUAAUGAUUUGUGCAGAAAGUUGACUUGAAACUUGAAACGUUCUUAUGGAGGACGUUUUCCUACUCAUUUUAUUUCCUUUCCUGUUUAUACAUUUAAUUAUCAAACAUCAGUAUUAUACAAGGAACACUGGAUAAUUUGGACUUAACACAUUCUGUUUACAGAUGUUAUUAAUUAGUGCUGGUACUGCACAUUAUUCAAAAUAAUAAUUAAUGUGACCAACUGUGCAUGUUUCAUAUGCCAAACAAUUUUUGUAAGAAUUAUUCGGUUGGAACUUGAAGAAGGACAGUAACCCAAGCAGGCCCAUUUUUAGUUUUCCAUUUUCAACCCAGUUAGGUCAGGUGCUCUUUAAGGUAUACAAAACCUUAAUUAAUGGAAUGGUAAUAAAGUGAAUUAAACUACACAGAUCAGCGUUCAUGCUGUUGGAUGAUCACUCCAUUGUCAAUCACAAAAUGAAGCAUGCAUAUACUGUACCCCAUGCCUUUUAUGAUUGUUUAUGAUUGCAUUUUACUUUUCUAUGCCCUGCUCAUUGUAUGUACAUACAUGAUAGCUUCUACAAAGGAGCCAGUGCUGAAAUGUUUAUGUGUUUUAAACUAUGCCCUCCGCCUUUAUAGUUUUUAAUCCAAAGGAUGUGGGCAAUAUUGUGUGUGUACUAUGUUGUGUAAUGACUAGUGUGCCAUUGUAAUGAAUAAACUACAAUUUGAUUUUUCCUUUAAAAAAAAUAAAUAAAAAGAUUCAUUUUGAA